UAUAUAUUGUUUUAUUAAUAUUAAAUCAUGUACCAAUGCGACCUCAACUGAUAUCGGAUGUGGCUGGGCUCGAUAUGCAAAAAUGUUUCGUAUAGGCAAGCUCGUCUUAAGCUUUGCUCCCCCCGAUCGGUCUUUUUUCCUUCUUUCAAUGUCGCUAUACCAUGAGGAAUUUAUGAAAGCAGCACUCGACGUUGCUCAAGAAGCCUAUGAUAAUCUGGAAGUACCCGUUGGCUGCGUAUUUGUAAAGAACAAUGAGACGAUAAUUGCUCGAGGGCGGAAUCGACCCAACGAAACCUUUAACGCCACACGACACGCAGAAAUUGAAGCAAUUGACGAUAUUUUAAAAGAGAAUGAUGUAUCAAUUUUCCUAAAUACGGAUCUCUACGUUACUGUCGAACCGUGUGUCAUGUGUGCCGCUGCUCUACGUCAAAUUGGAAUCCGCCAUGUUUACUUUGGCUGUGGAAACGACAAGUUUGGUGGCAAUGGAUCCGUAUUCGAUAUCAACUCAGAUCCUCGUCUCGAAAGUCCAACAUCCAAACCUUAUCCAUCCGAAGGUGGCUAUUUUCGAAAUGAAGCCAUUUUACUUUUACGGAAAUUCUAUGUUCGAGAAAACGACCAUGCACCAGCACCUAAAAAGAAGGCCGCACGCAUGUUAAAAACCGACAUACCCAAAGACAAUUGAUAAAGGAAUAAAAAGAAAUCAAUCUAUUACAAAG